AUUUUCCGAUCCUAGCGGCUGCACGCUCGACCUGUGCGUGUUGCAAGUGCUAUUGUUAUACCUGCUUAGCUCUCCAUACAUGAAUGCGUGACGCAUCAAUCCCUUUUACCUAUACUCCGAAAGUGUUUUCAAAAAACGGGAGGAAAACUGCAGUCGUUUCUCAGACGAAGCUUCCGUCGUCGUCGUCGCGCGGGAGCUGGUCACGUCGCUAUUCCCCGACGAUCCCGAGGAAGGUACUGACGACGCCGGCUAGCCUGAUGACACAGUGACCAAGAUUUAAUCACAGGAAAAAUGGUGUUCAACAGAAAAGAUUUGAACAAGGCAUUUUCGCCAAACAAAGUCAAAACAUUCAGCAGGCGGCGGUCCACUGGAAAAACUGGAUUAAAACCAAGCGCCAGUGUGAGCACAGCUAUGAUGGGCAAAGAUUCUGCACAAACGAGUAUUAAAGUAAUAGUGAGAGUGAGACCCCACAAUGAAAAGGAGCAACAAGAUAAUUUCAAAACUGUUGUAAAAAUUAUUGAUGAGAGAAUGCUCAUAUUUGAUCCAAAGGAAGAAGAAAAUCCUUUCUUUUAUAGAGGAGUUGCACAGAAAGGUCGGGAUUUAUUGAAGAAACAAAAUAAAGAGUUGCAGUUUGUUUUUGAUAAGGUUUUCGACAUGUCCAGCUCAAAUACUGAUGUUUAUGAAGGUAGUACAAAACCUUUGAUUAUCAACUUACUGGAUGGUUACAACUGCUCUGUGUUUGCCUAUGGUGCCACAGGAGCAGGUAAAACUCAUACAAUGCUUGGUAAGGAAGGUGAUCCAGGAAUUACUUACCGCACCAUGGCUGAACUGUUUGCACAAAUUGAAUUGCAAAAAGAUUCCAAAGACUUUAAUUUUGGAGUUUCGUACUUGGAAAUUUAUAAUGAAAAUGUCCAGGAUCUUAUUCACAAGGUUGGACCGUUGCACUUGAGAGAAGACAGUAGAGCUGGUGUUGUUGUUGCCGGUCUGAAAAUCGUUUCUAUCCACAGUGCUGAUGAAUUGUUAGCUCUCUUGGCAAAAGGAAAUAAAAACAGAACUCAGCAUGCAACGGACGCUAAUCAAGAGAGCAGCAGAAGUCAUGCGGUUUUUCAAGUUUAUAUUAAUAUCACCAACAAAAUAGAUGGACAAGUAAAACAUGUCAAAUUAUCAAUGAUAGAUUUGGCUGGAUCUGAAAGAGCUUCAGCUACCGGGUGUACUGGUCCAAGAUUUAAGGAAGGAGCAAACAUAAACAAGUCUUUGUUAGCUUUAGGAAAUUGUAUUAACAAUUUAGCUGAUGGGAUUAAGCAUAUUCCUUAUCGUGACUCAAAAUUAACAAGGCUUCUAAAGGACUCGCUUGGUGGAAACUGUCAAACAGUUAUGAUAGCAAAUAUUAGUCCAUCUAGUGCAAGUUUUGAAGAUACUUACAACACCCUAAGGUACGCUAACAGAGCCAAGAAGAUCAAGACCAAUGUUAAGAAAAAUAUUGUUUCUUGCCAAAUGCAUGUUUCUAGCUACAUUAAAAUGGUUGAAGAGCAAAAGAAAGAACUAGAGGUUCUUAAGCAAAAAUUGCUAAAAUACGAGGCUGGAGCAGUACCCGUGGCACCUCAGAAUUCUGUAAAUAAUGAAGAGAAAACUAAAGAAAUUCUUGAAUUUGCCAACAAACUCGUUGAACUGUACAACAGGAAAAAAGUUCUCAACGAAAAAAUACUCUCCUUGGAAAGUUCUGACAAAAUUUUGUACUGCAGGAUUCUCUACAAAAAGGCAGCUGAUGAUAGACUGCGUAAUUUGACAACUGCCGUGGAUGUUUGUAAUGAAGAUGAAAAAAAUGCCAGUGGUAAGUCACGAGUGAACAAGUCACUGCAACAUUUCAAACGUCAAAGAGAAACUAUUAGAGUACAAAUGCAAUCUGCUUGGGAUGAUCUCUGUAAAGUAGAAGAGAGUUUGACAGAACUUAAUAUAAAUAUCAAGACUAAAAAUCUUUAUGACAAACUUGAAGAUAAGAUUACUUGUUUAAUUGCUGAAAUUGAGACAGUAAGAAUGCAACAACAGUUUGAACAUGUCAAAAAAAUUAGUAGUCUUCAGCAAUGUGAAAUGCAAUCGGUAUCCACCAUGGUUAAAAUGAUGAGCUCAACUUUGCAACAUUAUUAUAACAUGAUGAGAGGUGGUGGUACAAUUACAGACAAGUUGAAACAAGAGUUCAAACAGCUGGUAAAAUCACUAGAAGGGAUAAGAAACAUCAAAUGGUCCGAUAAUGGACUGAAUAAGCAAGAAGAAGAUUUUUACAGUACAACGUGUCUAAGUGUCGAAGGCCUUGAAAAUCCCAACAGUAAAAAUAUAACUGAAUUAUUAGAGUUCCAUACAGAUGAUGAGGAGCCACCAACACCAGUACAAGCUCAGACGGAACAAGAUGCAAUAUGCGACGGUAGGCCACCUGAAAUUGAGUCUUCAUCAAAUAAUGAAAUACUCAAUACAACUGUAACGAUUAAAUCAGAUGUAGAUCCAGUUACUGAGAGUGAGAGUGAAAGUUCUACUGAAACAUCUAAAUUGAACAGUACUUUUUGUGUGUCAGACAUUAAAGGUAAAAAAAGAGUACUAUCUGACAGUAAAAAUCAAGUACAUCCUAGGUCACCAGCUAAGGUAAAAAAAAUUUCACCCAAAAAUAAUAAAGAAACGAACGGAGUCGUGGUGAAUGGUAAAGAAAAUGGCAAAGAGUUUCCCAAGCCUACAAUGACAGCCAAAAGUAUAGCUAUCUUGAAAAAAUUGAAAGCAGAUACGAUGAAACCUGCAGUUAAUUCAGGAGUCAAUGGAGAAUCGGCAGAUACUCCACUAAAGGCUGUCAGAGGAAAAGAAAGAAGGGGUAUUACGUCAACACACCCAUACCACAAGCCCAAUAUUCAGAAACAGCCAAUCAACAAAUCAACCUUACCGUCAACUCGGGUGCCAUGGUAAAAGAAAUUUAGCAGUUCAUUUCGAGCUAAUGUGUGGAAGCAUACAGAGUAAGAUGUGUAAAUAUUUUAAACGUUUUUGAAUACAGAGUAAAAACCGACAAAUAUAUCUAUUAUUUGCAAAACGUAACUUCUAAAUUUUGAGAAAGUUGGAUUUAUUUGAACGAAGAUUUUUAUUUGCUAUAUUUUUACUUGCUUAUGUAUAUUUUUUUAGAACCGACAAAUCAUUAGAAAAUUAUCAUAGCCGUCAUAACGCUACAUAAC